GAGCCCUCACAGCCAAAGCACACUGCUUUCUCUGCCCAUCUUCUCAGUGCGAUCGAGGUGGCAAGCCAUGAGCAGCGGCAACAACGGCAGCAGGAACGUGGGGCUGGAGCUCAACCUGAACCAAUCGCCUCCGCCCCUUGCCGCGGCGGAGAGGAUUGAGGUGGACGGAGGUCAUGAAGAUGAAUACGGGGACGACUACAGCAACGGCUCGUCCUCGCCUAGCUCGUGUGUGUCGUCGGAUGAUGGUCCUGGCGGCGGGGAGGCGUCGCCUAUGGUGAUCGGAGCGUGCGAGCGGUGCCUCUUGUACUGCAUGGUGACCAAGGAGGAGUACCCCAUCUGCAUCAAUUGCAAGCAGCCCUUCCUUGUGGACGUCCUCCCUGCCGGCGACGACAAGAAACGUGGCAAGCGCCAGUGAAGGAGGCGAUCGAACUCAGUCGCUGUGCCUAGUGGAUGCUAUUGCUCAUAGCGGAUGGUUUAGCUCAGUUUUGGAGCACGGAUCUUGGCGCGGGCUGGGGACUGUAAGCCGUUAGAUUGUCCACUGGCAAGAGUAGGCUUGGUAGUUAAUUCAGUCCAUGAUUCAUGGCCCGGUCUUAGUUAAUCAGUGUCUUUGAUAGUUAUUUCUUGUCAUAAAUCAGCGUUUCUAGAUGUAUGCCUCUCAAUAAAGGAGCUUUUCCUGGAUAAUACAGUUUGUUUA